CCGAUCGCCCUGGCGAUUCGUGGUUUUUUUUUUCUAGGCGCCCCCCAUUUGUACUCAAAUCUAAUUAUUGUUGACGACUAUUCACAUUACUCCCUCUUAUGCGCCGCACUGAUUACGUCGCUUUCCACUGAAUAAUUAUACUCUUGUUUCUUGUUUCUUGUUUCUUGUUCAAUCUUCUUCUCCCUUUCUCUUCUGUUCUGAUUCCUCCACACACAUACAUACAUCUUCUCUACCUCUCUUCUCGAACUGGGUGGCCCCUCCAACUUGUCUUCUCCGCUCCCCCUUUGGCCCCUUCGGCCCCUACAACAAAUCCCGCCCAUUCCCGUUUUAUUGGCAGCGCGGACAUUCCCCGUCUUAUCUACGGCAUUGUGCAACCUCGGAUAAGAGCAUGCGCUUUACGGUCUCUCGACAUUGAAAGAACAAGUAUCGUCCAUCGUUUCUCGCCACUAUGUGGUCUUCGACGCCCCGUUUGGUUCUCGGCCUCUAUGGGUUAUUAUGUGCUGUUGGAUCGGCAAGCGCUGAUGUCGAUUUCAUGAGUGUGCGACCUGACAUGGUCAAGGAUUACUCCGGAAAAGGGGGAGAACCGGGAGAGAAAUACUUCAAGGAAUCUAGCUUCCACUACCACUAUGAUGGACGCUUCGCAGAUGAACCUCUCUCCGAGGCGGAGACUGUUCCGCACCUGUCGGAACUCAUCCGGACCUAUCUUUCGACAAUGGCAGACCUUGGGGCUGAAACCUGGAUAAUGCAUGGAACUCUGCUGGCUUGGUGGUGGAACCAGAAGAUCUUUCCAUGGGACAACGAUCUCGACGUUCAAAUUUCCGAGCCGACCAUCCAUUUCCUUGCCGAUUACUACAACAUGACCGAGCACCACUUUGAGAUUUCAGGCGUCGACGGCGGCCGAACCUAUUUGCUGGAGAUCAACCCGAACUACGUCGUCCGAUCGACCGAUGACAAGCUUAACGUGAUCGAUGCGCGGUGGAUAGACACAUCGUCUGGGCUUUUUAUCGAUAUUACGGCGGUACGCAAGGACGACGAGCGGAGGCAGAACGAUCGCGAGCCUGGGGCAUUGAUGUGCAAGGAUGGGCAUCGGUUUGAUGUGGGUGGCGCGUGAACUGGUGACACAACAAUGUGACUGACUGGGGUUAGGAAACCGAGAUCUUCCCACUGCGGAACAGUUACUUCGAAGAUGUUCCGGUCAAGAUCCCGUUCGAAUACGUUCGCCUACUAAAGAAAGAGUACGGGUCGAAGUCGAUGACUGCUUCCGUGUUCCAAGGGUAUGCUUCGAUUUAUUGUCACUCUCUUCGCUCUCACUAAUGCGUGGCACAGAUACCAUUUCAACCAACAGACUCAAGUAUGGGAUAAGAUGAGGUAGGUUUGAUGCGCCCGAGCUAUUCGCGAUUCUGGCUGACAUGUUUUGAUUUAGCCGG